AAUCGCUAGGAAUUAUAUAAUUAACGCCGCGACCACUACUUAAGUGGAUUCCACAACGGUUCCAUUUCACCACGCUCUUCUUAGCCGCGCAUAGCUCCCCCACUAGCCGAGCUAUAGUCACAGGCGGCCACGCGCGCACGCUUGUUCUGGGCCGCCGCCGAGGUGCCGGGCAUGAAAGCGACGACACGGCGCGGCGGGGCUGGGGGAGGCCUACCGGCGGCCAAGAAGAAGAAGAAGAAGGCGCCAGCGCGCGGGUUCAUGUGCGGCUGCGGCGGCGCCAAGUCGGUCUCCACCGUCUCCCGCGCCGCCGUCAGCAUUUCCGCUGUCACGACGACGCCGAUGAAAGACACCGCCUCAACGGCAGCGCCCGCGCUGAAGCCGGCGGCUGCCGUGGCGGGCUGCCGCGACGCCGACGCCGCCGACGCGGAGGGCUCGCCCAGCGUGGACUCGCUGCUGCGGCAGCUCCGCGAGCUGGAACGCGGUGUGCGCGCGCUGGGCGUCCGGGAGCGGGAGGACGGGGUCGGCGUCGGCGUCGGCGUCAGCAGCGCGCCAAGAGCGACAAGGCCGCGGCGGCACGGGCGGAGCGCGAGCGACUGGGGCGACUGGGGCGUCGGGCGGCUGGAUUCCGAGAGCUUGGCGGUGGUGACGGAGUCGUCGGACCCGCUGGGCGACUUCCGGCGGUCGAUGGUGCAGAUGAUCGUGGAGAACGGGAUCACCGGCGGCGCCGAGCUGCGGGAGCUGCUGCAGCGGUUCCUGUCGCUGAACGCGGCGUGCCACCACCACCUCAUCCUCCGCGCCUUCGCCGACGUCUGGGAGGAGCUCUUCGCCGGCGGCGGCCACGGCCACGCGCACGCGCCUCUCCCCGCCGCGGAGAAGAUCUCGUCGUCGACGCCGUACAGCAGUAGAGCUAGCAGCAAACGCCGUCCUCAUGCACAGUCGGCGCUGACACGUUAACCCGCAGCCGCCUCCCCUCGGGAAUUGUUGCUGUCCGAAAUACACAGCGUACUGCGUGUACUUGCACGCAUGACUUUCUGUGCCGUGACAAGAAGAAAUUUCCGUGUGUUUCUUGCGU